AUGAAUAAAUAGAGAGCAUAUGAUGAUAAUUAUAUUAAUAAUGCGUCAGUGAUUAAAUAAUAGAAAGAAGUGUUUAUAGUGAGAGACUCAUUAAAUAUGAUAAGAAUUCAAUAACUGGGAUAGCAAUUUAAUGCAACCAAAUCAACAUUGACAAUUCAGGAUUCAAGAUCUGGAAAGAAAUACGAGAUUCCCAUCUCUAAUAAUUUCAUUAAGGCAAGCGAUCUUGAGAAGAUAAAAGAUGACAAUGGUUCAAUCAUUCGUUCUUAUGAUCCUGGUUAUAUGAACACAGUUAAUUGCACAUCCAAAAUUAGUUUCAUAGAUGGAGACAAUGGAAUUCUCGAAUAUCGAGGUUAUCCCAUUGAGCAAUUAGCUGAAAAAAGCACUUAUUUGGAAGUGGCCUUUCUACUCAUCUACGGUGAAUUGCCAACUCAAUUGCAAUAUGAUAAAUGGUGCAAAAAAAUCCAAACUCACACAUUUGUCCAUCAAGACCUAUAUGGACUCUUGUCAUAAUUCAGAUAUGAUGCACAUCCUAUGGGAAUGGUUAUCAGUUCAUUAUCAGCUGUAAGCACUCUACAUCCAGAAGCCAAUCCAGCUUUGUCAGGACAAAAUAUCUAUGCAGAUCAAAAAUCUAGGAACAAAUAAAUUCACAGAAUGAUUGGAUCCAUCACAACAAUAACAUCACUUGCAUAUAGAAAUAGAAUAGGAAGACAACCAAAUCAACCUCAUUAAUAAUUAGGAUAUGUUGAUAAUUUCUUAUAUAUGAUGGAUAGACUUAAUGAAUCCAGUUACACUCCACAUCCAACAAUUGCAAAAGUCUUAGACAUUCUCUUCAUCUUGCAUGCAGAACAUGAAUUGAAUUGUUCCACUUCUGCUGUUAGACAUCUCACUUCAAGUGGAGUUGAUAUUUAUACAGCUAUUGCUGGAGCUGCUGCUGCUCUCUAUGGUCCUAAACAUGGUGGUGCCAAUGAGGCAGUCUUGAGAAUGCUUGAAAAAAUUGGAUCUAAACAAAAUAUUCCUUAAUUCAUUGAAAAUGUGAAAAAUAAGAAAGCACUUCUCUUUGGAUUUGGUCAUAGAGUUUAUAAAUCUUAUGAUCCCAGAGCAAAAAUUGUUAAAUAAUUAGCUUACUAAGUCUUUGAUUUGGUUGGCAAAGAUCCAUUAAUUGAAAUUGCUUUGGAAUUAGAGAACAUUGCAUUAAAUGAUAAGUAUUUCAAAGAUAGAUCACUAUAUCCAAAUGUUGAUUUCUACACUGGAAUCAUUUAUAAAGCUCUUGGAUUCCCCACUGAUAUGUUUCCAUUGUUAUUUGCCAUCCCUAGAAUCUCUGGAUGGCUUGCUCAUUGGUGUGAAUUCCUUGACGACCCUGAAAAUAAAAUUGUUAGACCAAGAUAAAACUAUUAAGGAUACAAAACAAGAGAGUACGUCCCUAUUGACUAAAGAAAACAGACAGAUGCAUAUAUUCAUGCACCAUCAACUUCCUUUUCAACAAGAAGAAAUGUUUCUGUUUAAAAAUGAAUAUGAAAUAGUAUUCACGGAAUUUAUAAUAUUCUAAAAUUAGAUUU